AUGAACCUGCAUUCGUUGGCGCUUCUUUUGGCGCCGAGCUCGGUGGCUGUCACCGCCUCCGUGGACACUGCAAAUGUCCUGACGACGUUUCGACACAUGCAGGGCUGGCGCUGCAAGACGCGGAUGUUCAGCGCUUUGCAUUUGCCGGAUCACUUGGAGAUGGUGGAGAAGGUGCAACAGGCAUCGGUGUGGUGCAGCCACCAUCCGGGUUGUUACGGCGUGCAGUUCUACAACGCGGGCCCAGAGGAAGAUUUCAUGUACUGCAUGAAGUGGUGCGGCCAACCUCAGUGGUGCCUUGCACCCAUCCUCGAAGAGGACGCCGAGGGCUUGCAGGCGGACGAGCUGGUUCAAGACAAUCUGUUUUACCUGCUGGUCAAGCCUCGUCCGGCUUCGGACGAGCGGCUGGUUUCCCCGCCGCUCCAGGGCCCGCCAGCCAGAUGCUCAUACGCCGGUCGUGUGGGUCCCUGCUUCGAUCCACUUGCCCGAGAGGCUUGCAGGGCACGCAAGUUUAAGCCCGGAGAGAGGGCCUUUGUUUUUGCAGACGAUCUGCAGCGCAGAGCCGAGUGGAUGGAUCAUUUGGAGGACUCCUACAUACUCCACCUACAGCGCAAGUGGGCGGAGCCAAAUGGUGUCGAUGUGGUGCUGAUUCUUCCGGACGACACCACAGCAAGAUACCCAAUUUCCGGGGCCCAAAGAUCGGCCCUGAUGCGGAUGGGUGUCCGCAUCGUAGAGGUGCCUUGGAUUCGGCCGGAGCUGGGCAAAGGUAUCCCUUCCUGGGCUCAGCAAGUAUGGUGUGUCGAUCGCGACUUCUUCAAGCUCCAUGCGCUGGGACUUGAGUAUGACGCGAUUAUCUUCUACGACACGGAUGUGUUUGUGAACCCUCCGGACUUCUCACACCUGGAAGCAGUUUUCAACUGCGCGUACCAGGGCUACUUUUUGGCCUCGGCUCUUCACGGCGGCUUCGAGCCGCUAACCGUCGCCUUCUUCGCCCUGCGGCCCUCGCCGGCGCUGCUCCGCGCUGUGCAGCGCUUUCUGCUGAAUGCAACCUUCGAUGACGAUGGCGCCUGGAACUGGGUCGGCUUUGGGCCCUGGGGCUGCCUGGACAGUACCGACGAGUGGUGCUUCCGUUCCUACCACGUGGGCGGCGAGUGUGGGCAAGGCCUUUUCUAUGACCUCUUCUACCGUGCUGACCAGGUUUUCUGGACAGCACUGGAGGCCGAACCUUCCACGGUGAGGCCGCUGGGUGUGAUGCUGGAUGGAUGCAUCUGGCUCUACGAAAACUCCGUCCGGGUUGCUGGGUUUCCAACGGUGCCCAAUCCCUGCCCGGACAUGGUCGCGCAGCAUCGCUGCGGCAACAUCGUGGCAUACCACAAGGUCAUCGAGGGGCGCGGCUGCGCCGAGUCGCCUGAGCUCCUUGGCGCGAGCGCCGCGUCUUCCUUGAGGCUCUAUCCGUCGGAUGCAGCAGACAGUCUCUACAACACGCACACGCCGCUUGUGGCCGAGUUGGCCAUCUAUCGCAGAUUGUCCAUCAUGGUACAGCAUGUGCUGCAGCGAGAGAGGAAGAUUCGAGAAUUCGAGAAAAGCUCAGCCGAGGCCACCUUCUGCGGGGCUGUGGGGCCGCUGAAGGUCCAAGCCGCUAUGUGCCCGAGUGAGCAAAAGGGCUCCAGCAGGAGAGAUGUCAGCCGGGCCCUGAGCGACCUCGGCACCGGCAUGGGGCUCAAGCUUGUGAACAGCUGCCAGAUGCAGCAGCGGCUUGGUGCUGUUGGCAUGGUCUUGCGGCUCGUCUGGUCCAUGGACCAUCAACCGAGCCAAGAGAUGGAGCGGUGGCGUCACGCCGAGGCUUUGCAACGACCUGUCACCACAAGAUCAUCGAGCUCUUCGCCAGAAAUGGCCAAGGAGUUCUGCGAGAAAUUGGACGUGGCGGAUGGGCACGGUCAUCACGAGCGUCGCCACGUGACUGUUGAUGCGAGGCCUACGGAUGUCGGUCUCGCUGCCACAAAGCCGCGGUCGGAACAGUGCCAAGAAACUCCGUUCGGCACGAUGGCAAUCACUGACAAGAAGCCCAGACCGAGCACGGACAGCACCGACAGCACGCGCGUACCGUCUGAGGAUGGUGAGGAGGUUUGCCACUCACAGGCCUUGGCCAAGCCAGAGGAUGCCACUGGCGACGUUUGCAUCGACGAGGGGAAGUUGUUGAUCCCUGCCGUCGAGCGCCGGUGCAUGGUUGAGAGCCCUGGAAGGUCCAUCCUGGAGGACAACAUACCCCUGGACGAGCUCAUGACUCCGCGGUACCACAGCCCGGCUCACCUCAAUUUUGCCAGCGAGGCAGGUGAGGCCGAGACCGAGACGAAUGAUGACGAGCAUCUCACCAUCAAGGGAGAUCUGCCUGGAGUGCUCCGGGCCGACACGGAUGUGCAUCCUGUGCUUUUAGCGUACCUGUCUGUGCCAGACAUGUUGGCGUGGCGCAGAACGUCCCGGCAGAGUCGGAGUCCAGAGGUGUUGUUGCGGCACAUCGCCGAAGUUGGCAGGUUUGACACGUCCGCCUCGAUCGUGACCUGUAGGGAUGGAGCGAAGCAACACCAGUCUCACGGCGAAGCUUUUGCCGACGAUGUCAUCUCCCGGAAGCGCUAUCAAUGCCAGAAUUGGUGUAUGGUGCUGGCUCGAGUCGCGACAACCCAUUUUGCAGAAAGUUCUGUCCGUGACAUCGUGAUCAAGAACCUCCGUGAUGCAUUUGGGUACUGCCUUGAUGCAAAUCGUUCCGUCCGUGCAGCGGCACACCUUAUAGUUGUGAACUAUGGAAUCGGCGGCCUCGGAUUCGUGAAAGAGCUGAUUGCAGAGACAAUGCUCAGUCAGAUGAGAGACAUCUUGUCAACCAGUCAGGAGACAGACGUGACCUGGAAUGACAUGUGGCAGUGCAUGCAACAUCUGGAAGUCCUCCUGCGAUCACUGACGGAGCCUCAACGUCAGGAGUGGGUGUGCUUGUUGGUCACACUGCUGCACUUGCUUCCCGCUUAUUCCGCUGCUUGCCAGAACGAAGUGAUUGAUUCUCUGAAGCUCCUUUGGCGUGCUGCUGACGAUCCUACUGCAACUUAUGCAGACGCGGAGCAGCAACUCCGGGCUCGACUCUCUUCCACGGACUUCGAGAGCGUGAGGGAGAACCUGCAGUGUCUGCUCAUGUGCUGA